UGCCCACCUCAUGUCCCCUUGGAACAUGGAGAGAAAAUUAUGCAGCUCUCUCUCUCUUGAUUUUCUCUCAAACCAAACAUGCAUGUAUAAAAGCCAGCUCCCCCCACACCCCCCGGUCCUUCCCGGUGACUACUACUGCUACUGCUUUCUUUACAACUUUUGAGGUUUGAAGAAAGGGGGCGCGUUUAUUAUGAAUUUGUUGAUGAUUGUUGAAGAAGAACAUAUUUAACUAAGAAAUGGAUCGUGAGAUUGAGUCUGCAAAGUGUGAGUGUUGUGGGCUGAAGGAAGACUGCACCCAAGACUAUAUUAGUGAGGUGAAGGCAAAAUUUGACGACAAAUGGCUAUGUGGGCUGUGCUCAGAAGCUGUGAGAGAUGAAGUCGAGAGAGGCAAGUCUGUGAUGAAGGAGGCUGUCAAGGCUCACAUGUCCUUUUGUCGAAAAUAUAAAUCCAAUCCAGCCACUCGGGUUGCUGAUGGGAUGAGGCAGAUGCUGCUGAGGAGAAGGUCCACUGAUUCCAAAUCAUCUCCCUCUCCAUCUCCAUCCAACAAGUAGUACCAUUCAAGAUCACCAGGUACAUGACAACCACAGCUAGCUAGAAUAACAAGGAGAGGAAUAAGAUGCUGAUGAUGGAUAAUUGAAAACAUUAAAAUUAAUUAAUUAAGGAGGCCUCAAACUUUGGUUUAUUAAUGGGGUAAGGCUUGGCUGCCUGUCUUAUAGCCAGGAUCAAUUCUUGUCUUGUAAAUUAAUGGAUGCUGUUUCAAUUAACAGAGGCUUCUUAUAAUUAUUAAUUAGUUUCCUUUGCUGUGUUAAUCUUUCCUUUUCUUCUCUGGAAACACAAUAAUCUUAAUUUCAUGGCAGCUCCAUCACCAUGUCUUCCAAUUUGCAGAUGAGGGAAACGAAAUCCUUUCUUCAUUUUCUUGCAACUAUGUAGAGUUUAUGCUUUCCAGAUUUUCAGAAUGUUAGAAAGAAC